AUGGGGCCUUAUGAGAUGUUCCGUGUCAACGAAGAUACUGUUGGGAAUUACAGCUGUGUGUACUGGAUCAUGCCCUCAAUACAGGAAAUCUGGUCCCCACAGAGCAACCUUGUCUUUAUAGCCAUGGCAGAUCACCAUCCCUCUCCGACACUGAUAGUGGAUCCUCCACCUGGAGCAGUGAACGAAGGAGACUCGCUAAACCUCACUUGCCUGACCAAUGAGGGAGAGACUGAGAAAAAAUUCACUUUCUACAGGGAUGGACUUGCGAUAACCUUCAGCGACGAAGGAUCUGUGUGGAGCUUCAGAGAACCUGGAACUAACUUCUCAAAUGCCACUGUUAGCAUCUUGAAAGCCAAGCUCAACCAUAGCGGAAAAUUUGCUUGCAGCUAUGAGGAAGAAGUUAGUGGCCGGUGGGUGACCUCUUCCUGGAGCCAGACGGUGAAAAUCAUGGUGAAGGUCCCAGAUCCUUCUCCGCCAUCAGGUCCAUCGCUGGCAUUUGCGUAUUUGGCAGUCCCCUUUGUGAUUCUGAUGAUUCUCCUCAUUUUCUACUGUGGACAGAAAAAGACUGGUAGUUAUAUGAUGGGUUUUGAGGAUACUGUGAUGCUUAUGUGAAUAAUAUUGUGUGUGCCUUUUCAGCCUUUGGCUCUCUUUCUCUCCUCUUUGGAAGCAGUGAAAUGCCAGCAGGAUUCUGAGCCAGAAGAACAGGAGGAGGAGGAACUGGGUGAUCUUGAAACAGAGGAGCCCCAAACAGCAGUUUUGCAGGAACACGACCAAGACUCAACCAUCACCUACGCCACCAUCAAAUUCUGCUCUGCUAAGUCUUGCUUAGGAAAUGGGCUCCGACUGGUGGAAGAGGAGAAGGUGAUGUACAGCGAGGUUCUGUUUCCACCUAAGAACAGAGGAAGAAAGUGAAGACAUUGUGGAAAGGAAAGAGAUUGUGGAGUUCUGAGUGGCUGCCAAAGGAUUCUACACCACCUGCCAGUUGGUUUAUUGCUCUCAGCCAGGGCAUGGCUGAAGGCACAGGAGGUGCCCACCUUGCGGAAGCUAAGCAGGUCCGGGUCUGGUCAGUGUCUGGGUGGGUGACUAGCUGGGAACCACAGAUGUGCUGCUGUGAUGGUGUCCAGUGAUGGAAGAAAGGAUGGGAUGUAAAUUUAAGAAAAUAAAACAAACAAACAAAUACGUGUUGGUUGAGGUCCUCCACACGUUCCACAGAAAACAACGCAGCUUCUAUUCAAUAAAGACAAUUCAAUUCUUACAAGUAGAAUUCUGAUGUGAUUAAAGAUUUACAGUGUCAUUUACAAACAUGGUUGGGAAAGAGAGGAGGGCAGAACCAUCUCAAAAUGACAACAAAUCCAGAAUGCAGCUGCCAGACUGGUGAUUGGGAGUGGCCAACGGGACCAUAUAACACGAGUUCUGCAUUGGCUCCCAGUAUGUUUCAGAGCACAAUUCAAAGUGUUGGUGCUGACCUUUGAAGCCCUAAACAGCCUCGGCCCAGGAUACCUGAAGGAGCGUCUCCACCCCCAUCAUUCUGCCCGGACACUGAGAUCCAGCUCCGAGGGCCUUCUGGCAGUUCCCUCCCUGCGAGAAGUGAGGUUACAGGGAACCAGGCAGAGGGCCUUCUCGGUAGUGGCACCCAAUCUGUGGAACAUCCUCUCAUCAGAUGUCAAGGAAAUAAAGAACUAUAUUACUCUUAGAAGACAUCUGAAGGCAGCCCUGUAUUGGGAAGUUUUUAAUGUUUGAUGUUUCAUUAUGCUUUUCUAGUUGUUGGAAGCCACCCAGAG